UAUGUAAGAUCGUUUAUGGAUAGCGAUGGUGACGGGAUCGGAGAUAUUAAUGGUAUAACAGCAAGACUAGAUUAUUUAAAGGAUCUGGGAGUGGAUGCAACGUUGCUAUCUCCAAUCUUCCGCUCUCCAAACCACGACUUUGGUUAUGAUGUGUCCGACUAUUACACUAUCAAUCACGAAUAUGGAACAAUGGAAGAUUUCGAGCAACUCGUGAAGAAGGCUAAUGAACUAAAUAUAAAAAUAAUAUUAGACUUUGUACCAAAUCACACGAGUAAUGAGAGUGAAUGGUUCAUAAAAUCGUCUAAUAAGGACGAGUACUAUAGCGAUUGGUACGUCUGGGAAAACGGCCAUUUAGAUGCGCAAGGCAAGAGACGUCCUCCGAACAAUUGGAUAAGUGUUUUUAGCAAAAGCGCCUGGCAGUAUUCAGCGAGCCGUGAUCAAUACUAUCUGCAUCAGUUCGGUGUGGCUCAGCCGGAUUUAAACUUCCGAAACCCUGUUGUUGUGGAAGAAAUAAAGAAUGUCAUGAAAUAUUGGCUAGAAAAAGGUGUAGCUGGUAUGAGAAUAAACGCUAUCAACCACAUUUUUGAAGCUGACAAAGACCUCUACGGUGGGCGAUAUCCUGAUGAGCCGAUAACAGGAAAACCAGGCUUUGGACCAGACGACUACAAUUAUUUAAAUCACAUUUACACCAAAGACCAGGAUGAAACGUACGAUUUAUCGUCACAAUUUCGUGAUGUAUUCGAUGCUAUAACGCUUCGAGAUAAUUUAACCAGGAUACUGAUGACGGAAGCUUAUACGGGAAUAAAGAAUGCGGUACGAUAUUACGGCGAAGGCGUUUACUCUGACGCUCACAUCCCUUUCAAUUUUGCUCUCAUAGAGGACUUGAAUAAGGAUUCAGAUGCGAGAGACAUCAAAUAUGCGGUCGAUCGAUGGCUGACCUACAAACCGCUUCGGAAGCCGGCUAAUUGGGUGACUGGAGCUCAUGAUAAAAGUCGGGUAGCUUCACGCUUUGGACCCAAAUUGGUCGAUGCAUUUAACAUGCUUGUUCUGUUGUUGCCUGGUAUCGCUAUCACUUAUAUGGGUGAAGAGAUUGGUAUGGUAAAUGGAUUCGUGCCGUGGACUAAAACGACGGAUCCUCUGGCCUGUAACACAGAUGACCCCGUCAACUUUAUAGAGGUGUCCCGUGACCCAUUCCGCACUCCAUUUCAGUGGAGUAAUGGGAAAAAUGCAGGGUUUUCAAACGCUGAAAAGCCCUGGCUUCCUGUUGCUGAUGGAUUCGAGCACACAAACGUAGAAAAGGAACGGUCAGCUGUUCGUUCUCAUUACCAAGUCUACCGUAGCUUGACAGCCUUACGAAAGCGCCCGGCAUUUAGACUCGGUCGCUACGAGUCUUUAGCACUGAGCAAUGCUGUAUUUGCUUUUAAAAGGUGGUAUAAUGAUGACGCUUACGUCGUUGUGAUAAAUGUUGGUAACAGCUACCAAGUGGUCAAUCUGACUGCCUUUGACCUUGUAUUCGGACAACUGGAAGUUGAAGUCAGUAGUGUCCAUUCGUCUAGAUCUUUCAGUGACGAUAUUCUGGCAAAUUUCUUGGACCUGGCCGCUGAUGAAGCUUUGGUUUUAAGGAUGCAAGUCUAAAGUUUCCACUUCUACGUAAUAAUUAUCAUCUACCUAUGAAUAAGUGUAUAUGUAAUAAAUAAUAAUGUUAA